AUGAGAUCGGCGCCAGGACCCCAGCCGUUGAAGAGCGAUCACUGGGAUCUGGCAAGAGGCCAGCGGGGCGCGGGAGUAAGGCGUCAGGAGGAUGCAGAUGAGACGGAGUCGCUGAUGUCAGCAAACGAGGCCGACAGCGAGGAGUCGGCGGAGGAUUAUCCAAAGGACGCGGGAGCAGAUCACUCGCCGGGCAGCAUGCACAAGGCAGGUGAGAGGCGUCACGGAGAAAAACGUGAAGAGCGAGGGAAGGCGACGGGAUCGGAUCGCUCGGCAGACGAAGUGCGUGGGCGUGGCAAGAGGCGACGCGGGGGCGCGGAUGCAGAUCGCGUGCCAGAGGAGGUGCGCGGGAGUGGCGCCAUGCGCCAGGGGAGCUGCGCGGAUGCAUAUCGCGCACUAGAGGAGGUGCGCUGGGGUGGCGCGGGGCGCCAAGGGAACCGCGCGGAUGCAGAUCGCGCGCCAGAGGAGGUGCGCGGGAGUGGCGCGAGGCGCCAGGGGAGCCGCGCGGAUGCAGAUCGCGCGCCAGAGGAGGUGCGCUGGAGUGGCGCGGGGCGCCAGGGGAACCGCGCGGAUGCAGAUCGCGCGCCAGAGGAGGUGCGCGGGAGUGGCGCGUGGCGCCAGGGGAGCCGCGCGGAUGCAGAUCGCGCGCUAGUGGAGAUGCGCGGAGGUGACAUGAGGCGCCAGGGGAAGAUCGCAGAUGCAGAUCGCGCACCUGAGGAGAUGCGCGGAAGUGGCAUGAGGCGUCGCGGGAACAUGGCGGCAGAUCACGCGGUAGCUGGGCGUCGAGAAGAUGAGGGUCGAUGUCAUGAACCCGCAGAAGCGUAUCGCUCGCCCGAGCCAAGGCAAGGCCAUGAGAGGAGGAGGCGCAUGGCGAUGGGCAGAUGGCGAUCGUCGGAGAGGCAGGAAGAGGAAGCAGAAGAAGAUUAUGAGGAAAGGCGCGAGCUGCGCUCGCCAGCACGGGGGCGGAGUCACCAGGGGGAGGCGCGGGUCAGGAGUGUAACACCAGCAGCAGCGGUAGCGGAGGAACGGGACGAGCAGGUGGGGGCAGAACCGUGUGUACCAGCAGCAGCGGUAGCGAAGGAACAUGACGAGCAGGUGGGGGCAGAACCGAGUGCACCAGCAGCAGCGGAAGCACAAGGGAAGAAUGAGAAGGUGAGGGAUUGGUCGGGUGUACGAGUGGUAAUGGAAGCGGAAGGGAAGGAAGGGAAGGUGGGGGCACAAGAGGGCAUGCCAGCAAUAGCGGAAAGCAAGGCAGAGAAGGUGGGGGCACAGGCGUGCGCACCAGAUGUAGCAGAAGCGGAAGGGAGGGACGAGAAGUUGAGAGCACAGGCGUGCGUACCAGCAGCAUCGGAAGCGGAAGGGAAGAACGAGAAGGUGGGGGUACGGGAAAGUGCUCCAAUGACAGCGAGAUCGGAGGGGAAGGAAGGGAAGGUGGGGACACAGGCACGGGCAUGUGUAGCAGCAGCAGCAUAA